GCCACAUCUAUCGUGAACUACAAAACCAGAAGAAAAAAUAUAGUCUAAUAGGAAGAUAAACGAAAUGGGUGCAAUUACAAAAGUAAUCGACACCAUGCUGUUUCUGAACUUCAUAAUAAUGGCACUGGCGGUUCCGUUAAUGUCCGGUCAGCUGUGUCUUCCUCUGAAACUGUAUCCAAAAUUCUUGAUCAAUCUGAUGAAAUGGUAUAGCCAUGAAUUUGGAGACCAUCUCUAUUCUCAUAAUCCACCAAAUUAUUUUAGAGGAAUUUCUUGGUGGGAUCUUUUGUUUCAUUUUCCUCUUGUUUGUUUGGGUUUGUAUGGGAUUUUAGGUGCUAAACCUUGGUUUAACACCGUUUGUUUGAUGUAUGGCGCCUCAAUUUCCGCUACCAUGGCUGCUAUAAUCGGGGAUUUUUGUGGGGCGGGUAAGGGAUCAGACACAAUAAUGCUUGGUUACUACCCCUUCUUCGGCGUUGGAAUAUUGGCCAUGCUACGUGGUCUUCUGCCUCCCUCGGCCAAACCUUCGGCUUCGGCUUCUGCUAUGGUAAAUGGAAAUGCCCCGUCCACCAAAAAACUAGCUUGAAAUUAGCUAGCUAGUUAAAUCUCUCUUUUCUUUGAGUAGACUUCUAUGUACUGAUGAAUUAUAAUUCAAAUGAUAUAAACGUUGGGUUUAAAC